AUGCGAUGUAUACUACCAACCUUUCAUGAUGCAAUUCGUCUCGAUGGCUGGGCCAAGGCUGCGGUCUUGUUCGACACCGACAGUACAUUCGACGUCUGUCGCUUUAGAACGAUCCUAUCAUCUCACCUAGCCAAGCUUGGCAUGCCCGCAGUUUCUAUCGGCCCAGUGAUCCAGGCAGCCAUGUCCAAUUUUCACAUCUUUCGUCCGGGAUCAUCCAUGCAACUUGCUGCGAGUCUCGCAAAUCUUCCUUCAUAUCAUGCGACCUCUCUAUCUGCCUCCGAAAUUGGCCUAGUGGCCGUAGAUUCAAUAAGCACUUUUUACUGGCCGGACCGUUUUGCCGUCGAACAUCUUCGGUCUUCCCUGAAGCUGUCUGAACCUAGUUCGUCCAUCUAUCCCCUUCACAAUAUUGCUACCGUACUGGAACGGUUCCGCAUUUCCCAUAACCCUGUCACCAUCUUAACCAAUCGGGGUCUUCAACUUGGAAUCAUCGGCCACGCCUUCAUCACCAUUCUAUAA